UUCAGAUCGAACGAAAAAACAUUAGAAUGUGUGUUCUAUGUGUUCGUUUAGAAUUAUCUCAUAAAUAAAAAAAUUUCUCCGUUUUGUUUCGCGUGAUCAUGACAAUUGCAACUCGGAUAUGCACAACCAAUUCUUUGUGGAUGGAUCAGCAAUUGUCAAAAUUUGCUUUUCACAUUUACAGAUGAAAUUUCAGGAAAAUCACGCGUGAAGAAAAAUCCUGCAGAGUUGGAGCUAUAAAUAUGUGUUGGUUUUCAGGCUUCAAUUGCACCACCAUCGAGCAUAAACUUUCCUACUUCUUUCUCUCCUUUGUAGUUCAUUUUGCCUUUUUCUUUUUUCGUUUCCCUCCUAACAUUCAAAUAUACAUGUGUUAUUCUUUUUCGUAAACUAUGUUUCCACAUACAUAUUAGUGAAAUUUUUGAGUUACCAAUGGAUGGAUGUGAAAGAUCGAACCACGUAAUAAAUCUUUAGUGUCCAUUUGUCCUUUAUUUUCUUUUCUAUGUUAUGAUCAUUUUUCUAGCUUCUAGAUUUACCUUGGUAUUUGAAGUUCCGAAAGUGCAACCAGUACAAGAAAAUAACAUUACUAAUUCAAAUUGUUUUCACUUCCUAAAACCAAGCGAAAAUUUCUGUUUCUCAGAAAUGAUCAUCCUUUGUUCUGUACAUUUUUCAUUAUCACUACAGAUUGGGAAAAUUGCAUAGUUUUUUCUUCAUGGCAAAUCUAAUUCCCAUUUUAGCUCUUGUUUUGCUUUUCUUGCAAAUUUCAACCACAGAAACCCACCCUUUAGAUCCCCUUAGCCCGACAGAAAUCAAUCAAAUUAGCCUCAUUGUUAAGAAAUCCUAUCUGGGCUCUUUUCCAAAUGCGACAUUUCAUUUCGUUGACCUAGAAGAACCAGACAAAGAAGAUGUCCUCAAAUGGUUAUCUUCACAUGAACAAAAAAACCAAUCUUUUCCUCUCAGGAAAGCCAAGGUGGUGGUCCGAACCAAAGGCAAAACUCAUGAACUUGUUGUUGAUUUAGCAUCUAAUUCAAUCUUGUCUGGUCAAGUUUACACCGGCCAUGGAUUCCCUUCAUUGACUUUUGAGGAGCUUUUCCAAGCAACCCAGCUGCCAAAAAUGGAUUCUCGGUUUAAAGAUUCGAUUUUGAGAAGAGGGUUGAAUGUAUCAGAGGUGACUUGUAUUCCAUUGACAGUUGGAUGGUUUGGUGAGAAUGUGAAACAGAGAAUUGUUAGGCUUUCUUGUUUCUACCGUGGAGGAACUACUAAUAUUUGGGCACGUCCAAUUGGUGGGAUAAGUGUUACAGUUGAUGUUGAAUCAAUGCAAAUUGUCAAUUUUGUGGAUAAAGAUUUGGAAGUAUUGCCUAAAGCUGAAGGAAGUGAUUUCCAAUCAUCAAAUCAGAUACCUAAACCUGAUACUAGUCAUAGUAGUACUAAUAACUUUAUGAAUGUCACCAUCAAUGGCAAUGAAGUUCAUUGGGCUAAUUGGAAAUUCCAUGUUGGAUUUGAUGCUCGAGCCGGGAUAAUCAUAUCGACAGCUUCAGUUUUUGAUGCGGAAGCAAAAAAGUUUAGGAAUGUGUUGUACAGAGGCCAUGUAUCAGAGACAUUUGUUCCAUACAUGGAUCCUACUUCUGAAUGGUAUUAUAGGACAUUCAUGGAUGUUGGCGAAUUCGGUUUUGGCCGGUCUGCGAAUACUCUUGUUCCGAUGAUAGAUUGUCCAGGAAAUGCAAUGUACAUGGAUGGUUAUAUGGCAGGUUUGGAUGGACAGGCACAACCUAUUCCAAAAUCAAUCUGCAUUUUCGAAAAGUAUGCUGGUGAUCCUGCUUGGAGGCAUACAGAAGUUGGUGUACCAGGAAAAGUGAUCAUUACAGGACAACAAGAAGUUAAUUUGGUUGUUAGGAUGGUUGCUACUGUUGGAAACUAUGAUUAUGUUCUUGAUUGGGAAUUCAAGCAAACUGGUUCCAUCAAAGUUGGGGUCAGCUUAACUGGAGUGAUGGAAAUGAAGCCAGUUCCAUACACAUCAAGUGAUGAGAUUAAAGAAACUGUAUAUGGAACACUUGUGGCUGAGAACACAAUUGCUAACAACCAUGAUCACUUCUUAACAUACUAUCUUGACCUUGAUGUUGAUGGUAUCAAAAACUCAUUCAUGAAAGCCAAGCUGAAGACCAAGAGGGUGAAGGACAAGAACACUUCACCAAGGAAGAGCUACUGGGGAGUCGAAAAAGAAACUAUCGAAACAGAAGCCGAAGCCAAGAUUCAACUAGGCUUUGAGCCUGCUGAGCUACACAUUGUCAAUCCUAAUAAGAAAACAAAGAUUGGAAAUCACGUCGGGUAUAGGCUAAUUCCCAGCGCGCCAGCGAUUUCCCUCUUGGCGGAUGAUGAUUAUCCACAGAUUCGCGCUUCUUAUACUAAAUAUCAAGUAUGGAUAACCCGCUAUAACAGAUCAGAAAGAUGGGCUGGAGGAUUUUAUGCUGACAGAAGCCAAGGAGACGACGGAUUAGUAAUUUGGUCUCAGAGGAACAGACCAAUUGUGAAUGAAGACAUUGUUCUCUGGCACACCAUUGGUUUACAUCACGUUCCUUAUCAGGAAGACUUCCCUGUAAUGCCAGUCAUAAGUGGCAGUUUCGAGCUUCGACCAACAAACUUCUUUGAAAGAAAUCCAUUGUUGAAACCUUAAUUUCCCAGAAACCACAAAGAACACAACUAACUUGAAGCUACAACUAAAGUUUAUCCAACAGUACAUUGUUGUUUAGAGAAGCAGCUUUUCACAGCCUACACAGCUUCACUGCUCAAAUUAGACGGCUGAAGAAGGCGUGACACCAUGAAGAUUUGGGGAUCCAAGCUUUCCGGAAAGCACAGUUCAUGAAGGCCGGUUGCAUUAUCAUUAUUCUCGUACUUGAUUUUGCAGCUAAAGCUUGGUGUUUUGUAGACUAUAUACAUAUCUGUCCCAUUUUUCGAGUAAUAUUUUCUAAAGUUCGAUUCAAAUAUAAGUGUUACCUAAUGUAAAAUUGUUAGAUACUUGUAAUCAUUCUGAGACGGAAGAAAAAAUGUAUGCGAAAUACUAAAGAAAAAGUGUACUAAAAGUAAAAGACACGUUAAGAAAGCCCGCCAGUGGCUACUGCAUAAUCAGUCACGCCUUUAUAAUCCAUGGUAAUAAAUUUCUG